AAGCGUAAAAUUAAUACUACGGGGGUGUCAGGCUUAAGUGACUUACAGAAAAAGCAGUUAGCUGCUCUGGUUGAGCAAAACGAAGCGAUUUGGAAAAUUAAUCACAAAGAUUACCGGCGGUCGGACAAAAAAUUAGUGAUGUGGAAAAAUAUUGCACAGGAAAUGAACUUAACAGUUGCAGAGUGCAAACAGGGAUGGAAAUCUUUAACGGACGGGAUGCGAUAUCACUCUCUAAAAAAGGCCAAAAAACUAAAAUCUGGAGAUCCAGCUAGUGUUGACGUUACAGAUGACGAAGAAGAAGACAGACAUGAUGAUGAUUGGAUUUUUUACGACUGCUUAAAAUUUCUUUCUUCUAACAAACCGAAACGAAGCACAUUAUCAUCCGAUGAUUUGCCUGUCGAUGACGAAUCCGUCGCCGGAAACGCCGCCGUCCGAAAUAAUUUUGAUUCGCAAGCGAAUGAUCAACAAGACGAGGAAACAACCAGUAUUUCCGAUAAUACCGAAAAGUCUGAUCAGGGAUCUAGUGGCCAAUUAUUGGUGGAAGAACAGUCAAGCUCAUCAAGUCAGCGUAACAAUUCGCCAAAAACUGUGGAAAAUCGCCCAAUCGCAUCAAAGAAAAAAUCGAACUAUAAUUAUAUGCUAGAGAAAAAAACUCCAUCUGCUACCAAUGCGGCUCAAGAAAAGCUGGUGACAGGAAUUACUGAGUUGAUCGCACUUCGAAAGCAGAAAGAGGAAGUCAAGAAGGAUUUAAAGAAUUUUGCAAUGUUUGCGAAUUUAGAUGCCAUGAUGGGCAAGCUACCGGAAGAAGUUGUCGAAGACCUGAAUAUGCAAUUUGUAACUUUGACUCAUACGGCAUUAAAAAAUCAACGACAACUUUUAAAUCAAAUUCUUUAA